GUGGCAGAGUUGGGGGUAGUGAAAUGUGAAAACGAUUCUGUAGGAGGGAAAGAGGGAAGGAGAGCCUGAAACCUCGAUGGAAAACAGUGAUUUUGUCAUGUGAAGGCCAGGAAGUUGCAGGCUUAAUAUCUCGUGGACAGUCUACUGUUUUUUAUUCUUGUUUUCCCCACUUUUUUAAAAGCUUUAGGGAUUUGCUGGUGGUGGUGAAGGCCAUCUGGCUGGGUGCUUUAUCUGGAUUUUAUGGUGUGAGCCUUAGGCCAACUGUGGCCACCUGCAUGGGAGUUAUUGCUGCGAGACGUCAGACUGCGUGUCCUGAUUUUCUUGUGUCAGUGCGACACAACAUGAGGGAAGGCAAAAGCCACCAUAAAUUCACCUGUCAUCUGACGAGGAAAUAGGGGUGUGUGUGCAGUGCAUCAUGGAGUCUGUGGUGAGAUUAAAAAAUUCCCUGAGCAUGCCCAUCAGGAAGCUGACCAGCUGUGUGUCGGAGGUGAAGGGGAAGAAGCUGUGUGCCAAACGUAGGAACAAGAGGGGGAGAGGCAGCGGGAGUCGAGGAGGAUGCGUCAAGUUGGGCAAAACGUCUCCCCCCCGAGCUGCAUAUCCCAAAGAUCUGUCUAUCAUUUGCUCGUACCAGACAGAGCUGGAGAAGGAGAGGCAACUGCGGGAAGCCACGAAGGCCCAGAAGAAUGCAGAGAGAGCAGCGAUGAGAGCUCAUUUCAGGAGAAAAUAUCAGCUGUCUGAGAACACGAAGGACACAAACCAGCUGAGGUCAGUCGGAGGCAAAGUGUCGCUCCCCCACGAGCUAUCGACAAUAAUUCAUCCUGAAACCAAAACCAAGGAUGAUGGCUUCAACCUGCUGAGUGCCUUUCAAGGCCUCAGCUUCAGCACAGUGGUCCUCACAGGGAGGAAACGCAGCGGGACGCCUACUCCUGUACCAGCAAAUGGGGGAUCUUGUAAAAUCAUGUGAUCAAUAUGUAGUCACAGCAAUGAUUAUUACACUCUGUUAAUGAAUAGAUGGGAAUUUAUGACUGCUGCUUAUCUGAUAACAUGUAACAGGUGAAUAAGUCACCUGUUUUACUUAAUAAUAACAAAUACGCCAGUGUAAAAUACUUAUUUUAGGUAUUGAUUAGAUAUAAUCAAACAUUAUUAUGAGGUGUUGAAUUACUGGUCAGUACAUGACAAUGAAAGUACAAAUGGGAUUUUAUGCAGUCCUUGAAGAAUUUUAUCCUCAUUGAAUAUGUUGAUUUUAUACUGUUUUAAUAAGCUGUUGCAUUAUAUUGUGAUUAUAUAACAAAAUCAAUAGUUCCGAGCUAGUACGCAGAGCUGUCGGUCUAAAUGAUAUAGAUCCAACUAAGAGAUCUAUACACAAGUGAGGAACCUCAGGGCAACAAAACAACAUGAAACUUUCUUAUUUUGUAUGAUUAUGUUAGAAUUUGUCCACUUUUCUUUAUACGGAGUCCUUUCUGCAUCACAUCUACAGUAUCGGUGAUGUGUAUGAGCCAAAUCUGCUAGUUUCUAAUAACUGCUUUGUUUGUGUUGAGCUUAUUUUGGUGCAUAAAUUCAAGGAUUUUAUACAGUAUGAAGAAAACCACCACUUAUGAAGGUGGACAUUUAGUCUGUUUGUUUGUAGCUGAUUUGCUGUGGUUGAACUUGUAAUAAAACACAUU